AUGUCGAAACUGUCUCCCAGCCUCAAGGCCCUCAUCAAUGCGCCGUUUACGCGACCAGAUCCCACACCUGCACCCGCGCGCAUUCGUGACCUGUUCCAGACCAUCGCUCGCGAUGCCGCGAAACAUAAUGUUGGCUUUAAGCCAUGGGUGGCUUUGUCUAGUGCUGCCACCUUCACCCUCAACUCCCCCGAAUCCCUCACCAUCCUCCACGACGUCGCCUCCUCUUCCCCCUCACCCCGCCCAUUAUCGCCCGUCCAAACCGCCGAACUGAUUCGCGAAGUCGGCCUCAAAUGCAUCUCCUUCAACGGCAUCCCGCGCUCCAUCAACUGCCUCAACGCCUUCCACGCCUCGCUCCCCAAAGAAAUCACCUCGCAGCUCGAGACCGCCCCCUCGCGCGCCCCCACGCCGGACCUCCUCCCCUACGUGACCCGCCGCGGCCGCGCCCUCUGGGACAGCGUGUACCGCCCUUACGAGGGGAAACUGAUCGCCAAGCUGGCCACCUCGCACCCGGACCUGCCCGUGCAUAUCCUCCACAGUCACUACGCCGCCUUGCUCUCCGACCCGGAUGCCGCGGAUCGCGGUGGGUUGGCAUCUACGGGCCGUAUCCUGACCAGUUUGAUAGCUGUUGCUUGUCUUCGUGCGCAGACUGGGGUCGGGCCGCAGGUGUUGAGCCACGUGUUUGGGUUGCGGAAGGCGAUGGAGGAUGGUUCGUGCCAGGAGCCGGGCCAGGAGGUCGUUGAGGGGGCGGAAUGGUUGGCGGGCGAUGAGGGGAGCGAGUGGAUGCUGAGGACGGUGGAUUCUAUUUCGGAGAUUCUGGGGGGUGGGAACUUUGCAAGGGUCCCGGCGUCCAAGUUGUGA